AUGACUCCUGAUAAUUCCAUCAGGCAACCAAAGCAUGAGGUGUUUUUAAGUUUUAGAUGUGAAGAUACUCGCAAAAGCUUUACUUGUUACCUUUAUGAUGCUUUGCGAGAAAAAGGAAUUGGAACGUAUGCUGAUUUCAAAGAACUGCAAAGGGGAGAGGAAAUUUCUGAGGCCUUAUCAAAAGCAAUCAAAGAAUCAAUGAUUUCAGCAAUAAUUUUCUCCCAAAACUACGCUACUUCAUCAUGGUGCUUGGAAGAACUCUCCCAGAUAAUGGAAUUGAGGCAUUCAAGGGGACAGCUUGUGGUUCCUAUUUUCUACCAUGUUAACCCAUCCGACGUGCGGAAACAAGCUGGGAGCUUUGAAAAAGCUUUUCUUGAACAUGAAAAGAAUGGGAUAGAGAAGGUUCAGAGAUGGAGACUUGCCUUGACUGAGCAGGCAACUUAA